AUGGACACUAGAUAGUCAGAACACUCUAGAGGGAAGUCUUAGACUCAAAUCAAAUUGCGUAACCCAUUCGAACUACUUAUAAAAAUAAUCAGAUUGCCAAAUGUUUGCAAUAAAUGUGGACAUAUUACUAGAAUGAAAGAAAUAUCAGAUAUUCUCGAAUAAUUUGACACCAUGACAUCUUAAUAAAUUGAUACUAUUAAUGAAAAACUAAUUCAAAAAUCGAACUAAAUUUUAGCAGCUCGACAACAAUUAGUUAAGGAUGCAAAAAAUGAACUCCAAUAAUCAUUGCAAUAACUGAUUUAAGUGAGGUAGAGCAUGGGUUCAUCUUUUAAUUUUGAAGACCGAGAAAAGUGUUUAGAGCGAGUUUGUGAGGAUAUCUUCUGCAAUGUUCAAGAAUAGAUUGAAAUAUAAAAUUCUUUGUCUGAACUCAAUGCAAUCAUCCAAGAACAAUAUCAAAAAUUUCAUCAAUUUCCAAAUGAAAUCACUGAGAUGAACAAAUUAGAAUAUCACGACAACCUUGAAAUCAGGGAGAGAUUGGACGGAGCCUUAAGAAUUAACUAGAGUCAUAAGGAUAUCUUGAAGGAGAUCUUGAUUAAAAUAGGAGAGGAAAAUAAGAGCUACACCUUCGAUAUCUAAUUAUAAUUUAGACAGUAACAAUUGGAGAUGCUCAAUCUGCUACAAUGCAAUCAAGAGUAAAUUAAGGAGAUCGAAAGAUUAGAAGAUGAAUUGAAUGAUAAGAAAUUGGAAUUAUAAAAAUAUGCAAUAUUAUUUAGUUAAUUUGAAAAUCCUUUUAAAUCAAAUAAGAUUAGCUCUGAAGAAAGUAGUGCUAGCAAUUUCUAAUCAAUUUAGAAGGAAAUUGUUCAACCACCGUCAUCAAUUCAAUAGAGUCGAAAUGUAUUUUAAGACAUUAAGAACAUUUAAUCGAAAAGAUUUUCUUAACCUUCUGUAAAUGAAAAUAAUAACAUGUGCACUUUUUAAUCAGAAUAAUUCUAUUCAAUUGAUCAAUCUCAUGGUAACCUACAUCAAGAAUCAUCAUAAAAGUCGUCAUAAAAUAAUAGCAAAUAAAUUGAGAAUUCAGUUGUGAUUAAUUAGAGAUAUGGAAACAGCAUAUCUAAUAAAUUUAACAAUUCCAAAGCAACCAGCCUAAUUUCACAAAUUAAUUCUUAAUAAAAUAGUAUUCCUAUUUAAAUAAUCCCCAAUUCAACUAAAAAAAUUAGAAAUUCAGUUGACACCAAUCCCAUGAUGUCCCAAGAAAGUUUUGAACACUAAUUACAUGAAAACGAUGAAAAUUCCCCUAAAAUCACUCCUACAAGCAAAACAUUACUCUCCAAAGUUCCACCCCUUCCAAUAGGCAGAUAGUUAGAGCUUGAUUGA